GAGGGGGAGUGAACUUGUGGACAGCAGUCAUAUUUUUUUUUUUGGAGAAACAUUAUAGUAUUUUUUACCUAUUUUGUGUGAGCAGUUGCAGUUCCACCGGAAGCUGUCUGGGAUCUUCCCAGCAGUUCAGUAGAUGUCCACCCCUUCAGACACAUCAGGUGGUAUGUCCCAUCCUGGUCCUUCCCCGGGGCCAGGCCUGUCCCCAGGUCCCAUCCUGGGCCCCAGCCCUGGCCCGGACCCCUCACCAGGCUCUGUUCACAGUAUGAUGGGACCUAGCCCUGGACCCGGAACACCUAAUGCACCUCAUGGCAUGCAGGGCCAGGCACAGAGCGAGUACUCUCAGGACGGCAUGUAUUCUAUGCACAAGCCCAUGGAGGGAAUGAAUGAUAAGACCAUGGCAGACGCGAUGCACUUCGGUCAUAUGAAAGGUGUGGGGAUGAGAUCUCUCCACAGUGGCAUGGGGCCUCCACAGAGUCCUAUGGACCAGCACAGCCAAGGUUACAUGUCCCCCCAUCCAUCCCCCAUGGGGGUCCAUGAGCACGCUUCUAGCCCGAUGUCAGGAGGCGGAGGAGGUGGGGGACCCACACCGCCACACAUGCCUCCUUCUCAGGCAGGCACUAUGAUACCCAUGGAUUCCCAGGGAGCCAUGUCCAGCAUGGCUCAGCAGGGCCGGGGACCUUCUGCUUUCAGUCCGGUCCAACUGCAGCAACUCAGAGCACAAAUCUUGGCUUACAAGAUCCUUGGCCGUGGGCAACCCCUGCCUGAAAACCUCCAGCUGGCUGUUCAGGGCAAGAGGAGCCUACCCACAAUGCAACAGCAGCAGCAGCAGCAACAACAGCAACAACAACAGCAGCAGCAACAACAACAACAACAACAACAACAACAACAACAACAACAACAGCAGCAGCAGCAACAGGCACCAAGUGCUAGUCCUUAUAACAGGCCUCCAGGCAUGCAGAUGGCACCAUUGGUUGGACCCCAGUCAAGUCCCUGCCCCACACCAGCCAUGCAAGGUCACAAGACCUGGCCUGAUGGGCAGGGUGGUGAAAAUCAAGCUAGCGCUCAGAAGCACCUCACCCCGGCUGCCAGUGGACGCCCCUCCCCUGCACCUCCUCAGACCUCCGCUGUGCCAGCCGGGCCCAUGCCAGGCAGCUCAGUGACUCCUCAGCCUCCCGGUCAGCAGGUGUCCCCCAUGCCCCAGAUGCAGCAGAAGCAGAACCGCAUCACGCCUAUCCAGAAGCCCCAGGGCUUGGACCCGGUGGGGAUCUUGCAAGAGAGAGAGUACAGACUGCAGGCUCGGAUUGCACAUCGAAUCCAAGAACUGGAGAGUCUGCCAGGCUCCCUGCCUCCUGACUUGAGGACUAAAGCCACAGUGGAGCUCAAGGCCCUGCGUCUACUCAAUUUCCAGCGGCAGCUGAGGCAGGAUGUCGUGGCGUGUAUGAGGCGGGACACAACCCUCGAGACGGCCCUGAACUCGAAGGCCUACAGACGCAGCAAGCGCCAGACGCUGAGGGAAGCACGCAUGACUGAGAAGCUGGAGAAACAGCAGAAGCUCGAGCAGGAGAAGAAGCGCAGACAGAAACAUCAGGAAUAUCUGAACAGCAUCCUUCAGCACGCUAAAGACUUCAAGGAGUACCAUCGGUCUGUGACUGGCAAAAUCCAGAAGCUCACCAGAGCCGUCGCCACAUGGCACACCAACACAGAGCGCGAGCAGAAGAAGGAGACCGAGAGGAUCGAGAAGGAGAGGAUGAGGAGACUUAUGGCAGAAGAUGAGGAAGGCUAUCGAAAGCUGAUUGACCAAAAGAAGGACAAGCGUCUGGCGUACCUGCUGCAGCAGACAGACGAGUACGUGGCCAACCUCACCACCCUGGUGUACGAACACAAAGCCGCCCAAGCUGCCAAGGAGAAGAAGAGGAAGAAGAAGAAAAAGAAGAAGAUGGAUGGAGAUGGAGAGGGCACCAGUGCAAUUGGACCUGAUGGAGAACCAAUGGAUGAGAGCAGCCAGAUGAGCGAGCUGCCAGUCAAAGUGAUUCAGACGGAGACGGGGAAAGUUUUGCAGGGAACAGAUGCUCCCAAAUCCAGCCAGCUUGAGGCCUGGCUCGAGAUGAACCCUGGGUACGAAGUUGCCCCGAGGUCAGACAGCGAAGAGAGCGGCUCAGAGUUUGAGGAGGAGGAUGAAGAGGAGAUGGCCAAGGCAGAAACAGAGGAGAAGAUAAUCGAUCCCAAUGGAGUUGAAGUGUUUGUGACGGCGGCCAAGCACAUUAUCGAGUCCGCCAAGCAAGAUGUGGAUGAUGAGUACAGUGUUCCUACGGGACAAACCAGCUCCCAGUCUUACUACGGUGUUGCUCAUGCCGUCAUUGAGAGAGUGGAGAAGCAGUCCACGCUGCUCAUCAACGGCUCCCUCAAACAUUACCAGAUCCAGGGCCUGGAGUGGAUGGUGUCCCUAUAUAACAACAAUCUGAACGGCAUCCUGGCUGAUGAGAUGGGCCUCGGCAAAACCAUCCAGACCAUCGCCCUCAUCACCUACCUGAUGGAGCACAAGAGGCUCAACGGUCCCUAUCUCAUCAUCGUUCCUCUCUCGACUUUGUCUAACUGGGUCUAUGAACUUGACAAGUGGGCACCUUCUGUGGUCAAAAUUUCUUACAAGGGCACCCCUGCCUUACGUCGUGGGCUUGUACCUCAGCUCCGCAGCGGGAAGUUCAAUGUUUUGCUGACAACCUACGAAUACAUCAUCAAGGACAAGCACAUACUGGCCAAGAUCCGUUGGAAGUACAUGAUUGUGGACGAAGGUCACCGCAUGAAGAACCAUCACUGUAAACUGACUCAGGUGCUGAACACCCACUACGUGGCUCCCCGUCGCCUCCUCCUAACCGGUACUCCACUACAGAACAAGCUGCCCGAGCUGUGGGCUCUGCUCAACUUCCUCCUGCCCACCAUCUUCAAGAGCUGCAGCACCUUCGAGCAGUGGUUCAACGCCCCGUUCGCCAUGACAGGAGAGAGGGUUGACCUAAAUGAGGAGGAGACCAUCCUGAUCAUCAGGCGUUUGCAUAAAGUGCUCCGCCCGUUCCUGCUGCGUAGGCUGAAGAAAGAGGUGGAGUCUCAGCUGCCAGAGAAGGUGGAGUAUGUCAUAAAAUGUGACAUGUCUGCUAUACAGAAGGUUCUGUACCGACACAUGCAGAAAGGAAUCCUUCUCACUGACGGCUCGGAGAAAGACAAGAAGGGCAAAGGAGGAGCGAAGACCCUGAUGAACACCAUCAUGCAGCUGAAGAAGAUCUGCAAUCAUCCGUACAUGUUCCAGCACAUCGAGGAAUCCUUUGCUGAGCACUUGGGUUAUCCAAACGGCAUCAUCUCUGGGCCUGAUCUUUAUCGAGCUUCUGGGAAGUUUGAGCUUCUUGAUCGUAUCCUGCCGAAGCUACACGCCACCAACCACAGAGUUCUUCUCUUCUGCCAGAUGACCACUCUCAUGACCAUCAUGGAGGACUACUUCAGCUACCGCAACUUUCAAUACUUGCGUCUAGACGGAACCACCAAGUCCGAGGACCGAGCUUCUCUGCUGAAGAAGUUUAACGAGGAAGGAUCUCAGUACUUCAUCUUCCUGCUCAGUACCAGAGCCGGCGGCCUCGGCCUCAACCUGCAGGCCGCUGACACUGUCGUCAUCUUUGACAGCGACUGGAACCCACACCAGGACCUUCAGGCUCAGGAUCGCGCUCACCGCAUCGGCCAGCAGAAUGAAGUGCGUGUGCUGCGCCUCUGCUCCGUCAACAGCGUGGAGGAGAAGAUUUUGGCAGCUGCCAAAUACAAGCUGAACGUGGAUCAGAAGGUCAUCCAGGCCGGCAUGUUCGACCAGAAGUCUUCGAGCCACGAGCGCCGGGCCUUCCUCCAGGCUAUUUUAGAGCACGAGGAGCAGAAUGAGGAGGAAGAUGAGGUGCCCGAUGAUGAAACCCUCAACCAGAUGAUUGCCCGCAAUGAAGAUGAAUUUGAGCUCUUCAUGCGCAUGGACAUGGACCGACGCCGGGAAGACGCCAGGAACCCAAAGCGUAAGCCGCGUCUAAUGGAGGAGGACGAGUUGCCCUCUUGGAUCAUCAAAGACGACGCAGAGGUGGAACGUCUCACGUACGAAGAGGAGGAGGAGAAGAUGUUUGGUCGAGGAUCACGCUGCCGUCGGGAUGUGGACUACAGCGACACGCUGACGGAGAAACAGUGGCUACGGGCCAUUGAGGACGGCAACCUGGAAGAGAUGGAGGAGGAGAUCCGACUGAAAAAGCGCAAACGCAAGAGACGUCAGGACAAGGACUCGUCGAGCAGGGAGGACGGCAGCGCCAAGGCCAAGAAGAAACGUGGACGCCCGCCAGCGGAGAAACUCUCCCCCAAUCCCCCGAAGCUCACCAAGCAGAUGAACACCAUCAUUGAUACAGUGAUCAACUACAGAGACGGGUCAGGAAGACAACUCAGCGAGGUCUUCGUCCAGCUGCCAUCCAGGAAGGAGCUCCCAGAGUAUUACGAGCUGAUCAGAAAACCUGUGGACUUCAAGAAAAUCAAGGAACGUGUCAGGAGCCAUAAAUACAGAAGCGUGGGAGACCUGGAGAAGGACGUGAUGCUGCUUUGUCACAACGCCCAGACCUUCAACCUGGAGGGAUCCCAGAUAUACGAGGACUCAAUCGUCCUCCAGUCUGUGUUCAAGAGCGCCAGGCAGAAGAUUGCCAAGGACGACGAGAGCGAGGAUGACAGCGAUGAUGAUGACGAUGACGAGGAUGAAUCAGACGCUGAGUCCAAGUCAGUGCGGGUUAAGAUCAAGCUGAGUAAGGAGGCGCGCAGCCAUGACAAAGGCAAGAAGAGGCAAAGCCGAGGGAAGGCCAAGCCGGUGGUCAGCGAUGACGACAGCGACGAGGACCUGGACGAUAAUGAUCUGUCAGACAAGAGCAAGAGCGACGAUGAGUGAGUGAGUGAGUGUGUAAGGAGAUGGAUGCGAGGACACGAGGAGAUUGUUUAUAGCACUUAUAAACGAAAGGACGGUAUCUUCCAUUACUGUUGUUCAGGUUCAUAUUCUCUAUUUUUUAAAGAUUUCACUUUAUUCAUCGUCUUUGAUUGUUUUGUCACGUGCAAUUUGUCCCCCCUCCCCCCCCCCCCCCCCCUUCUCCCACCAGCUUGGAAAUGUAUUAGUAAUAAUCAGCUACUGCAAUACCGAUCUGCAUAUAUUCCUGUUUUUAAGACAAUUUUUGUAGUAUAUUUUUUAACUUUUUGUGAUUUAAAAAAAAAAAAAGAUUUAAAUUUCAAUAUGCGGAGAAAACGUACUUUAUUUUAAAUCCCUUGCUUGCACUUUUAGUAAAUGCAAUAUCCAAAUUUUGGAGAAAAAAUAAAUAAAAUAAUAAAUAUAUAUUAUUGCCAAGAACGUCCAAGUUCAAUUUGGGUCGCCACUGGUAAUUAAAAAUGGCAAUCAAUGCAGUUUUUACUUUUAGAGCCCAGCUCAGAUUUACGUCGUGCAGUGCCAAAUGUUGAAAUCGUCAUGUGGCCAAACCCACCCCGCCCCUUCUUAGUUACUGUUGCUACGCCUGUCAAGCUUUCUGUUCCUACACCGCACAUAACGUAGUUUUAAAAGUAAUUUUUUUUUGUCCUUGAAUUCAGACGGAGGUUCUAACGUCUGGGUGAUUUUUUGUCAACUGAAAUUUGACUUUUUAUGACUUUUUUUUUUUUAAUGGUCCUAUAUAUGAACUUGAUGGUUACAUAUUCUGAUAUUGUGCUAAAACACUGAGGCUAAAGUGAACAUCCUCACCAUGUAAUGCUCGUUCAAUGCAGUAAACGGUUAAUUAGUAUUAAAUUGACUCUUACAUACUGUUCAGGGUCAAAAACACCAUAUACACAUUUCUUAUAGCCAGACUUUUCCUAAUGUGACCCACAGUAUACAAAAAUGCAUCAUUUUUUAUAUUUUGGUGCAGCCGAUACACAUUUUCAUAUUUGUAAAUGUAUAAAUUUUGAUGGGUGUUUAUUUAAAAGAAAUCUAAAAUGAGCAUUAAAACAUGUUGAAUUCAUCAUAUUCUAUAAAACGUAAAUAUUUAUUAAUGACUGAUGGGGAAUUUAUGAGUGUGAAUUGGUGUACAGAUGAAUUAGGAGUCAGAAUAUGAACAGUAUGUGAGGGUUAAAUGAAAAAGAAACAUGUAAGUUAAGCAUGUUCAUUAUAAAAUUAAUACAAACCUGUUUGGAUAUUAAGUUUUUUUAACUUUUUG